UUUAUUCCCAACUGUCAAGUCACAGCCUUGCUAACAGACUUGAAGAACAUUCCAGAACUAAAAAAUCUGCCAGCGACUACACCUACUUUAGUCAAGACUCGCCGAGGCAAGGUUCAGGUCGUAGAUAUUACGGAUGGUGGACAGUAUUUUCAUUUUGGAAUUCUCAGAAAUUUGCUGGCUACACUGAAGAAGGUUUUGAAAGGUGGUCAUAUAAAGCUUUACCUUAAUAUAGAUGGAAUUGGGAUUUUCAAAAGCAAAGGGAGUGAGCUUUGGCCAAUUCUUUGCCGCAUCGCCAACUUAGAUAGUGUCAGCCACAUCGUGUUUCCAGUAGGCUUCUUCUACUCCAAAUCCAAACCAAAAUUCCCUACAUUUCUGAAAUAUUUUGCGGAAGAAGCAGAAAGCUUAAUUAAGAAUGGACUCACUGUCAACGGCCAAUUUUUCUCAGUUAGCGUAGAUGCACUUAUUUGUGAUGCUCCAGCAAAAGCUCUUGCGCUAGGUAUAAUUUCAUUCAACGGCAAACGUUCGUGCACUCGAUGUCACGUCGAAGGAGAGUGGUCCAAAACAAGUAAGCGAACCUAUUACCCAGAUGAAAAUAAACGUCCAAGAACCCAUGAAGAAUUCUUGAAACAGUCUGCCAAAGAAUAUCAUAAACAUACUACACCACUAAUUGAUAUUUCAACUCUAAUUAUCCCUAUCAAAGUGUGUCUGGACUACUUGCAUAUCAUCCUUCUAGGAGUAUUUCGAACAAUUGUCUACUCGUGGCUAGUUG